AUGGCUCUACGGCAUACCAUAGCCCGUUCAGCCACCGUCGUGUCUCGUCAAGUCAAGCAGACUUCACUGGCUGAACCAGAGUUGAACAUCAUUUUCGCGUCGCCGCCACACAUGAUCCGUGAUCUCGAACUCGGUUGCAUUCCCCAGCGAGUACCGAGAUCAACCAUGUCUCGAAUGGACAGGUCCAUCAAGCCAAGGCCAGCUACAGACCGCAACCCGGAUGCCCUUACACUUGGUCAGACCUCGAUUUUUGACCAUGCUAUCGACAAAUUCGGACUUGAGGAGAAUUGGCUGCAGGAUCACAAUCUCCGUUAG